AUGUGCUUGGAUAAAAGUAUAUAUGUAAAUAACUAUGCAAGGCUAGCAAUAAUUUUGCGUUAUGCUGUUGGUGAUAUGAUGAGAAAAGAGCUGGUUAAAUUGGCAUCUUUUUCUGAAAGAACUGUGAUGGAAGCUUUUUUGCAAGACAUAAGGCCAGGAAAAGUAGUUUCAGUUACUAGAGAUUGUGCGCCUUGCACGUUGGGAACAACAUCUGGUAUCAUGCAAUUCUUUGUUAAAGAACCAAAACAUCCAGUUAUUCAGUUUCAUUGUCCCAUUCACCAAACUCUUUGUGCUAGGGACAGCUGCAAAAUAUUAGACAAUGCUCUCAAAAAUGUCACCAAAAUGUUGAAUUACAUCAAUGGUUCGAACUCUUAA